AUGGUGACGGCACACUCCACCACCGCUGCUGCCGCUACCACCACCACCACCAUCACGACCACCGUGGUCAUGACCACGGCCACCAUCGACUUGCGGGACUGGCUGUUCCUGUGCUACGGGCUCAUCGCCUUCCUGACGGAGGUCAUCGACAGCACCACCUGCCCCUCUGUAUGCCGCUGCGACAAUGGCUUCAUCUACUGUAACGACCGGGGUCUGACCUCCAUCCCAGCCGACAUCCCGGAUGACGCCACCACCCUUUACCUACAGAACAACCAGAUCAGUAACGCGGGCAUCCCGCAGGACCUGAAGAGCAAGGUCAACGUGCAGGUCAUCUACCUCUACGAGAAUGACCUGGACGAGUUCCCCGUCAACCUCCCGCACUCCCUGCGCGAGCUCCACCUGCAGGACAACAACAUCCGGACCAUCGCCAGAGACUCCCUGGCCCGCAUCCCGCUCCUGGAGAAGCUGCACCUGGACGACAACUCCGUGUCAACCGUGAGCAUCGAGGACGACGCUUUCGCGGACAGCAAACAGCUGAAGCUGCUCUUCCUGUCCCGGAACCACCUGAGCAGCAUCCCGUCCGGCCUGCCCCGGACGCUGGAGGAGCUGCGUCUGGACGACAACCGCAUCUCCACCAUCCCGCUGCACGCCUUCAAGGGCCUCAACAGCCUGAGGCGGCUGGUGCUGGACGGCAACCUGCUGGCCAACCAGCGCAUCGCCGAUGACACUUUCAGUCGGCUCCAGAACCUCACGGAGCUGUCUCUGGUCCGCAACUCGCUGGCCUCCCCGCCUCUCAACCUGCCCAGCGCCCACCUGCAGAAGCUCUACCUCCAGGACAAUGCCAUCAGCCACAUCCCCUACAACACGCUGGCCAAGAUGCGCGAGCUAGAGCGGCUGGACCUCUCCAACAACAACCUCACCUCCCUGCCGCGAGGCCUCUUCGACGACCUGGAGAACCUGAGCCAGCUCCUGCUCAGGAACAACCCCUGGUUCUGCGGCUGCAACCUCAUGUGGCUCCGGGACUGGGUGAAGGCGCGGGCGUCUGUGGUCAACGUGCGCGGGCUAAUGUGCCAGGGCCCCGAAAAGGUUCGCGGCAUGGCCAUCAAGGAUAUCACCAGCGAGAUGGAUGAGUGCUUCGACGCGGGAUCUCAGGGCAACGCUGCCGCCAAGACCACAGCCAGCAACCACGCCGCUUCCACGACCCCACAGGGCUCGCUCUUUACCCUGAAAUCCAGGAGGCCGGGAAUCCAGCUCCCAGACUCGAACGUCGACUACCCCAUGGCCACCGGAGAUGGUGCAAAGGCCCUGGUCAUCCACGUGAAGCCACUGACCGCGGACAGCAUCCGCAUCACCUGGAAGGCCACACUUCCAGCCACUUCCUUCCGCCUCAGCUGGCUGCGUCUCGGACACAGUCCCGCGGUGGGCUCCAUCACGGAAACCCUGGUGCAAGGAGACAAGACAGAGUACCUCCUGACCGCCCUCGAACCCAAGUCCACCUACAUCAUCUGCAUGGUCACCAUGGAGACCGGGAACACCUACGUGGCCGACGAAACGCCGGUGUGCGCCAAGGCAGAGACGGCCGACAGCUACGGGCCGACCACCACCCUUAACCGAGAGCAGAAUGUGGAUUCCAUGACAGGCCUGCCUCUGGCGGGCAUCAUCGGGGGCGCCAUCGCUCUCGUCUUCCUCUUCCUGGUCCUCGGGGCCAUCUGCUGGUAUGUCCAUCGGGCUGGGGAGCUGCUGACCCGCGAGAGGGCCUACAACCGUGGCAGCCGCAAGAAGGACGACUACGUGGAGUCGGGCACGAAGAAAGACAACUCGAUUCUGGAGAUCCGGGGGCCCGGGCUCCAGAUGCUGCCCAUCAACCCGCACCGGGCCAAAGAGGAGUACGUGAUACACACAAUCUUCCCCUCCAACGGCACCAGCCUCUACAAGAGCACGCACACGAUCGGGUACGGCACCACCCGCGGUUACAGAGACGGUGGCAUCCCAGACAUAGACUACUGCUACACAUGA